AUGGACGACCCGGCGAUGAUGUCACACCCCAAGGCACGAUCCUUUUGGCAAGAGGAGGAAGAUGAUAAAUAUGAUGAUGGUGGCCCUGGCUACGACCAGGUCUUCUACGAGGACGAGGCGUACGAGGACGAGUCCGACUUGUUCGAGGACGUUCUUGAGGCUGACGAGAGCGGCUCUGUCUACAUGUGCUUGGACGAGCCGCUGCCGAGCAUGAUGGAGGAGGACAAGGACCUCCAGGACGCCGGUGACCUCCCCUCGCAACGGCAGCAGCGGCCAAGGUCGCCAAUUGCUGGAGCGACAACGCCGAAGAUGUCGGCAAGCCACUUCUUUAUGAGUGACCCGAUGAGGACCGCCACGACCGAGCGAGGGACCUUCCUGAGCGGCACGGUGGUAGGGUGUUCAGAGUUCACCGAGGGCCAACUGUGCGUAGGAUCCAGAGUGCAUUUCACCAACAUCAGUGCAGUUCAAACUAUGAAGCGUCGGUCCGCCGGAGACAUGGAGGUGAGUCUGUGCGAGUUUGAUGUGAAGUGGGAAAUCCCAGCAACAUAUGGCUUCGUGAGGCGGGAGGUAUUGGAGCGUAAGGCUUUGAUCCUUCAACGAGAAGAACAGGCGCUCCUGGCCGCAACGCCCUUGGACCGACCACCUCCCCGAGUGAUGCUUCCCGAGGACGACCACGCGGGGCAGCAACGACCCAAGGUGUCGGACCGUAUGCGUGGCUUCACGGAGGUGGUUCCCAAUCUGGCGCCGGCCAAUACGUUCGUGAUGACUUUCACCGGUGAGUUCUCCGAGGACUUUGCGAGUUACCUGGAGGACCAGGAGCUGGACCCGAUCGAGGUGACGAUGGACAAGAACGACAAGAAGAAGCUGAAUGCAACCCUCGACGGAUCCCUUGGAGGUGUGGAACAAUUCUUCGAGAUGCAUGAAGAAGGAGCUGUCUACCCGGCGCCCGUGGAGAGUGAAACCGACACCCAGACCCAGACAGUUGAGAUCUAUGGCGCCCGGCGGAGACCACAUCCCGCGACAUCCGGACGACAGCGUGCGCUACUACCACCACCGCACGUGGAUGUGGAGCUCGACCUCGAGUUAGACCAGGAACGGGGCAAGCGAAUGUAUCGCUUUCUGCCUGUGGACAUGGAGAUGACCUGGCUGUGUCAGUUGUUGAAGGAGUAUGAAGCCACCAGUGAAAUGUCGCGCGACCACUACUGCCCAGGCCUUCAUCCAAAAUGUGCUCUACUACCACAACUCGGUCGUGGAGGAAGGAACAUGCGAUGGACUGCGGUGAUGGUGGCUGAAGGAAAAUGGAGGUGGCUGGAGCAAGGCGUCACUGCGAAGUGGUACAAAGAGGCAAGAAACCACCUGGCGGUAAUUGUAAUCUACCGAUGGCCCGAGGAAGUGACGAUGCUCCGGGGAGCUGGUGGUUCCCGGUUGUGGGUUGGUAAAGAAUGCCGGCCAGAUGUGGCAGCUUCCUGUGCCAUGAGCAUGUCGUGGGGAUCCGAUGAUCCGUUCAUUCGUCAUGUGAAAGCCGUGAACAAGACGAUCAGCGAGCUGAAACGGACCUCAGAAGUUUUCUUGCGGAUCAUGCCGAGCUCCUUGGCUGAAGGCAUGCGGUUAUCCAUUUCGGAUGCCUCGGUGGCGAACGAUGCUAUCAAGGAGGGUGGGAUCCAUGAUUUCAACAUCAGCAGCUGGAAAAGCGACCGUGUCAGGCGAGUGGUGAAAGCUUCCCUCGGAAGCGAAGCUUUGGCCAUAGAUGAUGGCCUGGCUGAGUUGGAGUGGGUCCGGGCGAUGUUCACCGAGGUUGUGAUCCCGAACUCCACCGUGCUCGAUGGCACGCGCUUCGGUGACGAUGAGUCAGUUGCCAUCGUGCGGCAGAUUGAUCCCUCAGAUGUGACCUUUUUGGUCACGGAUGCCAGAGCGUUGUAUGAUGUGUUCCACCACCGCAGUGGGUCAGCCUGUUUGUGCAGGAGGGCCCAGAUCGAUGUGUCGUUUAUGGCCUCGUCGGCAAAGGCUCUGCAUGCUGAGGUGCAUUGGUUGCCAGGCAAGUACAUGCUGGCAGAUGCUCUUACCAAGCAAGCAGUACGGAGCCACUUCUCGCGAGACCCGUCGGAAUACUUCAAGAAUGUCUUGAUGGAGAAGUAUCCGUACGGCUACCAUCCCCGUGGUGUCCCGCGCAGGAAGGACACGCGACCGCGUCCUGGAGAGGAGAGGUGGGCGAGGGAAGACGUAAUCCGCAUGGGCGAGCACAACGUGUCAGUGCUGCUUGAAGACUUCCGCGCUCAGCACGACGCUAUGCUCGAUUUCUAUGACAACCGGUUCUCAGGAGUCUUCAACAAGGCGACACGGCUGAAAAUCCUCGCAGAGCCUGUUGACUUGCAGAAGAAAUUCUCCUGGGUCCAUGAUUCGCAAUGCUCCGCUUUGGCGUUGCGGUCAGAGGAUUCCGAAUUAUGGACCGAGAUCCUUUCGCAGGUCCGGCGCGGAGAGGCAGCGCACCAUCGUCUCCAGGCGACGCUAGUCUGGCGCGGCCUCGAGAUCCAUGCAGAGCUGCAGCUUCUGCCAGGAUCUGCGGUAGCAGUUGCUGAUGCAUGGACGGAGGUGCUAUCUGACGGCUUUGCGGAUGCCUUGGCUUCAGCCUUGGCCUCCGCGCGGAACCAGCCCUUGGAGGCCUUGCUCGAGGCUCUGCUUGAAGCAGAAGCAGAAAGCGAUGACGAGAUCUGCGAGGAGGAGCCCUCCUUCUCAACAUGGCUUGAUGGAAGGGCUCCACUCCUUCGCUUCGGCAAAUGGGAGCGCAAAGCCUGGGACUUUCCGCCGUCGCGAGAAGAGAAGACGGAGCUCCUGAUCCUGCACCUCCUCUCGAGCUCGGAGCGGCCGGUGUCGCCAGCUCGCCGGAGCCCUCGCUACUCUUACGCCUCUUCUGCACGUGGCUGCAUCCUUCAUCCCAAUCUCAUCGCUGGUGCCAACGUUCUCAUUCGAUUCGACGGUGUACCCUUCUUCAACAUUCUGGUUCCCACUGUGGAGACCACGCUGCAGCGAAUUCUGGUCGAGAACCUCAUGGGCUCUGGGUACCAUGUACUUUUUUCAGGCGAGACCGGCGUCGGGAAGUCUGUGGGCAUCCAGCAGUUCCUGGGGAGUGCUGGAGAGAGUUUUGCGGUAGCAUCUGCAAACUUCUCUGCGCAGACGUCUUCAGCAAACGUCGUGGACUUCUUGGAGAACACUUUGGAGCGGAAGCGAAAGACACUCUUGGGUGCUCCGGCGGGCAAGACAAUGUUGCUCUUCAUUGACGACAUCAACAUGCCCAUGCUGGAGAAGUACGGGGCGCAGCCGCCAAUUGAACUCCUCCGGCAGGUCAUUGACUACAAAGGCUUCUACGAUCGCAAGAAGCUCUUCUGGAAGGGCGUGCAAGAAACUCAACUCAUCGCCGCCUGUGGUCCUCCCGGGGGUGGCCGCAUGGAGGUAUCAUUGAAAGCUCUCAAGUUGCUGAUGGCUGAUUCCAGGAUCUGGAUGACAGCACUGCAACAGGACUCGCUUGCUGGUGCAGAGUUCUAUGCCACCUGGCGCACCCCUGUGCACCCCUCCACCGAGACCCACCAAGACUGCGACGGGGCGCACGAAAGGGGUGAAGAAGCCAGCCUUGCAGGUGCGAUGCAGUAUCGCUGGAAGUUUCAUUGGCUUGAGCUGUCAUGUGAAGUGCGAGCUUGCCAGUGA